AUGAAGUUUGGAGUCUUGCUUGAUGAUCAUCUCUUCCCGGAAUGGAGGUUCUACUACAUGGACUACAAUGAGCUCAAGAGACAGCUAAAGGUCCGCACAGCUUCAAGCACUGAUGGCAAAUUCACUGAACAGGAUGAAGCUGCCUUUGUCGAAAUAUGUGAACGGGAACUAGAAAAGGUCGCAUCCUUCCGUACCCUCAAGUCUGAUGAACUCGAACGAAGAGUCGCUCAUGCUCAAGCUGCAAUCGACUCUAUCUUGAGCUCGGGUGGAAAACCUGACGACAACAGAAUGAAGGCUGUCGAAGACGAACUUAACAAGAUCGCAACCGAAAUGACCGAAUUAUCAAAGUUUGUCAGGCUCAACUAUACUGGAUUCAUGAAGAUUCUGAAAAAGCACGACAAGCACGCUGGCUACCAACUCAAGCCAACUUUCAUGGUCCGUCUUGCUCAUAGACCAUUCUACAAGGAAGGUGACAAGUCGGUCGACUCUAUCGUCAUCCGUCUAUCCAGACUCUUUGAUAUCGUCAGGACUGGUGGCGUCCGUGCUCCAACCACACCUCCAGGCGGCGCUUCUCAAAACUUUAUUCGCCACACAACAAAAUACUGGGUACAUCCAGACAACAUCACCGAAGUCAAACUUAUAAUUCUCAAGUAUUUGCCCGUCCUGCUCUUCUCGUCAAAAGGAGGCAAGGAACCUGAUCCCGCAAUCACAUCCAUCUACUUCGAUAACGAUGCCUUUGAAUUGUAUCUUGGUCGUCUAGAAAAGACGGAAGGUGCAGAGGCAAUCCGAAUUCGAUGGUAUGGUAACAUGGAUCAACAAGAAAUCUUUGUUGAACGAAAAACUCAUCGUGAAGACUGGACGGGUGAAUCUUCUGUCAAGUCUCGAUUCUCAAUCAAGGAAAAGUAUGUGAAUGCCUUCCUGGAUGGAACGCAUACUUUAGAUAAGACCAUCGCCAAGGCUCGAGAACGAAAACAAAAGUCAGAAAAGGAACUGGAUGAAAUGGCUACCUUGUCUGCCGAAAUUCAAAGCUCUGUCGUGAAACGAAAAUUACACCCAAUGGUCCGUACAUUCUAUAACAGAACAGCCUUCCAACUCCCUGGUGAUGCUCGUGUCCGAAUCUCACUCGAUACAGACCUCACAAUGAUUCGUGAAGACAAUUAUGGCAAACCUAGAUCUGGUGAUAAUUGGCGUCGCAUGGAUAUUGGCACUACUCCUUCCAGCUUUGAUCAUUUACCAGAAGAAGAUAUGGUCCGAUUCCCUUAUGCAGUCCUCGAAGUCAAAUUGCAGACGUUGGCUGGUAAUGAAGCUCCCAAAUGGGUUACAGAGCUCAUCAAUUCUCAUUUGGUGGAAGAGGUCCCCAAAUUCUCCAAAUUCAUUCAUGGUGUUGCAACUCUGUUGGAAAGUAGGGUGACAAUGCUGCCAUUCUGGCUUCCUCAGAUGGACAAGGAUAUUAGAAAGGAUGCUCCUCGUCGUCCACCAUCUGCUUUAGACUUCCCCGCGUCAACUAAGCGCCGUAUAUCUGCGCCGCAAGGUGUUGAAGUCGUUGUCGAAAGACCAGCUACAUCGUCUGCCUCCACAUCUCGACCAAAUGGUCAGGUGACCGAGAGGACUCCAUUAUUGGCAGUUCACGAUGAAGAGGAAGAGUAUGAAGAAGAUCAGCAUCGCACACGAAAGGGCGUGAAACCCGCUUUUUCGUGGAGCAAUCUCUUUGCAUCAGGGCAAGCAGGUUCUGGGCAAAUGGGUCAUCCUAAUAAUGGUUUCAUUACUAGUAUGGUCUCGACGAUGAAUUCAUCUCGUGGUCCACAACAGCAGAAGCGUAUUGUAUUGCCUGUCCGUGUGGAACCCAAGGUCUUCUUUGCCAACGAGAGAACUUUCCUGUCUUGGCUUCAUUUCUGUAUCGUCUUGGGAGGUCUGGCUCUUGGUUUGCUGAACUUUGGUGAUUCUGUCGGUCAAAUCUCCGGACUCAUCUUCACAGUGGUUGCCAUGAUCUUUAUGAUAUAUGCCCUGUUUCUGUAUCAAUGGAGAGCUCACAAAAUUCGUAAUCGAGACGCUGCACCUUAUGAUGAUCGAUUCGGUCCUACUGUAUUGGUAUUAGUGCUCUUCCUUGCAGUGAUGACCAACUUCUACUUGAAGUUUAGCGAAAUUUCGCCAUAA